GCCCCGGCGGGGGGCGGCGGCGGGGCUCGCGCCCGACCUCGGCGUGGGAGGCUGCGGUGCGGCCGGAGCGUCCCCCAGGGAGGCCGUCGCUCCAUCACGGCGCGAGGGCCCCGGUCGGGCGAGGCCGGCGGCCCGCUCUCUGGUCGGCUGCGGUGCUGCGGCGGGGCCCGGCGGCCGCGCCCGGGAGGCGCCUCCACGGAUUCAAGAUGACCAACGAAGAACCCCUUCCCAAAAAGGUUCGACUGAGUGAAACAGACUUCAAAGUUAUGGCACGGGAUGAGUUAAUUCUAAGAUGGAAACAGUAUGAAGCUUAUGUGCAAGCCUUGGAGGGGAAGUACACAGACCUGAACUCAAAUGAUGUAACUGGCUUAAGGGAGUCUGAAGAAAAGCUAAAGCAGCAGCAGCAGGAGUCCGCACGGAGAGAGAACAUCCUUGUCAUGCGACUCGCGACCAAGGAGCAGGAGAUGCAGGAGUGUACUACUCAAAUCCAGUACCUCAAGCAAGUCCAGCAGCCGAGUGUUGCGCAACUGAGAUCCACCAUGGUAGACCCGGCGAUCAACUUGUUUUUCCUAAAAAUGAAAGGUGAACUGGAACAGACUAAAGACAAACUGGAACAAGCCCAAAAUGAACUGAGUGCCUGGAAGUUUACGCCUGAUAGCCAAACAGGCAAAAAGUUAAUGGCGAAGUGUCGGAUGCUUAUCCAGGAGAAUCAAGAGCUCGGAAGGCAGCUGUCCCAGGGACGCAUUGCACAGCUUGAAGCAGAGUUGGCUUUGCAGAAGAAAUACAGUGAGGAACUUAAAAGCAGUCAGGAUGAACUGAACGACUUCAUCAUUCAGCUUGAUGAGGAAGUGGAAGGUAUGCAGAGUACCAUCCUCGUGCUGCAGCAGCAGCUGAAGGAGACCCGGCAACAGCUGGCUCAGUACCAGCAGCAGCAGGCCCAGGCCCCGGCGCCCAGCACCAGCAGGACUGCAUCUUCUGAGCCCGCAGAACCAGGAGAAGCAGCGAGUAAAGACUGCAGUCGGCUGGCAAAUGGACCAAGUAACGGCGGCUCCUCCCGCCAGAGGACGUCUGGGCCUGGCUGUCACCGGGAGGGGAGCGCAGCUGACAGUGACUUUCCGUCCUCUCCGGGGAACGGUAACAAAGCCCCUGGCAGCUCGGAGGAGAGGACUGGCAGAGGAGGUAGUGGUUACGUAAACCAGCUCAGUGCGGGGUAUGAAAGCGUAGACUCUCCCACGGGCAGUGAAAACUCUCUCACACACCACUCAAAUGACACAGACUCCAGUCAUGACCCUCAAGAGGAGAAAGCAGUGAGUGGGAAAGGUAACCGGACCGUGGGUUCCCGCCACGUCCAGAACGGCUUGGACUCCAGUGUCAAUGUACAGGGCUCAGUUUUGUAAUAUUUUUCCAGCAAAUUUUUAUACAGUGUCAUUUAAUUGGGGAGAGGAUACUGUCCAGAAAAUUAAUACAUACUUUUGUCACAGUUGGCCUUUUUUGUGAGUGUGUGUUUUUUUUAUUUUUGUUUUGGGUUUGUUUUUGUUUUGCUUCAAUACCUCUGCCACUUUGGAAUUAUAACAGUUAAUUACUUUGAAUGUUGCUAAAAGGACAUUUUGUGUAGGGUCAAGUUAUUUUUAUAUGAGUUAAUGUGAAGUUGUAAAUGGAACUCUUUCCUUAAACUAUAACAUGAUGCUGUCUGUACAAAUCUGUCUUUCUAGAACCUGUGCUGUGUAAGGGCAUUCCUCCUCAUGCUGUUGUACUUACGCACCAUUCAGACUUGUUAGCGUAGAUGUGGGUUGAUGACUGCCAAGUUUUGCUCAGUACAGUAGUUUUUAUCACUAAAAGUGGGACUUGCUAAUGGAGUCCUGUAGUAAUUUCAGUGUUAGUUUUUUCCACCAUACAUCUGUGCAUUUUCUCUUUAGGUGACUGAAUGUGUAAGAAAUGUGUGUGCACAGUUACUCAGUUUUUAUGAACUGUUGUACCCUGUUAAUGCAUAUUGCUCUGUGACUCCAGUAUAUCUUACCUGUACUGACCAAACCUAAAUAAAGAUUUUUAUUGUAACUCCUUCA